AUGAGCCGCUAUGCAUCACUUUUUACUUUUCUCUUUGGAACAACAGGCAAUGUACUUAAUAUUCUCGUUUUUUCUCAGCGUUCGUUUCGUUCAAACCCGUGCACAAUAUGCUUUCUUUUCGCAUCUGUUGCUAAUUUAACUGCGAUUCUUUCUGGUGUUACUUCACGAAUGUUGAAUGGUUGGAGCGCCGACCUAACAAAUACGGAUAGAUUCAUUUGUAAAUUUCGAAUUUAUAUUCUUAAUGUAGCAAGACCCGUAGCAUUCUGGCUCAUUCUUUUAGCUAUCACCGAUCGGUGGUUAUUGUCCAGUACUAAUAUUCACUAUCGACAAAUUAGUACCAUGAAAAAUGCUGUAAGAAGUAUCAUUAUGGUUGUUAUUUCCGCAAUUGUUGUCUUUUCUCAUAUUAUCUAUUGUUAUGAACCAAAUAUCAUUAAUACGCCAUUACAAUGUUAUGGAAGCACCAUAGCAUGUCAACUUGUAUCAGAUAUAUUAUUUACAUUUGUAAGUGUUUUCAUACCUGUAUUACUUAUGUUAAUAUUUGGCUUGAUGACAAUCAAUAAUAUACGUCAGGUAAGAGGUCGCAUUCAACAUGCAGAUAUAUCGACUAGAGCAACUCAAAGAUCAAGCCAAGCUAGACAACGACAUGGUUUAAAUAAAAUGGAUUAA